CGCCGCAGGGCAACGGGCCUCCCCCGCCUCCGGCCCCACCCGGCCGCACCCGAGGGCGCGCGGCGUCACAGAGCGCAUGCGUGCCGCGGGGGAUGCCGGGAGCGCGCAGUGGCGGCAGCGACGGCGACGGCAGUAAUAUCGGCGGCAAUACCGGGGACGGGAGCGGGGCGGUGACCGUGUGGGAGGUGGUCUCACUCUUGGGAAAGCUGCUGGGCACCGUCGCCGCGCUGAAGGUGGUUCUGUACCUGCUCCGGGUGUGCUUAGCGAUGGCCUGGAAAUCCGGCGGCGCCAGCCACUCGGAGCUUAUCCACAAUCUCCGCAAAAAUGGAAUCAUCAAGACAGAUAAAGUAUUUGAAGUAAUGCUGGCUACAGACCGCUCGCACUAUGCAAAAUGUAACCCAUAUAUGGAUUCUCCACAAUCAAUAGGUUUCCAAGCAACAAUCAGUGCUCCACACAUGCAUGCAUAUGCACUAGAACUUCUAUUUGAUCAAUUACAUGAAGGAGCUAAAGCUCUUGAUGUAGGAUCUGGAAGUGGAAUCCUUACUGCAUGUUUUGCACGUAUGGUUGGAUGUAAUGGAAAAGUCAUAGGAAUUGAUCACAUUAAAGAGCUAGUAGAUGAAUCAAUAAAUAAUGUCAGAAAAGAUGAUCCAACACUUUUGACUUCAGGGAGAGUACAACUGGUUGUGGGAGAUGGAAGAAUGGGAUAUGCUGCAGAAGCCCCUUACGAUGCAAUUCAUGUUGGAGCUGCAGCCCCAGUUGUGCCACAGGCACUAAUAGACCAGUUAAAGCCUGGUGGAAGAUUGAUAUUGCCAGUUGGUCCUGCAGGUGGAAAUCAAAUGUUGGAGCAGUAUGACAAGCUACAAGAUGGCAGUGUCAAAAUGAAACCUCUUAUGGGAGUGAUAUAUGUGCCUUUAACAGAUAAAGAGAAGCAGUGGUCCAGGUGGAAGUGAUUUUCUCUUCUGCUCUUACUUCUUCCACACAUGCAAGGGAUGAGCUGUAAAGCAACAUCAGCUUGACCAGUCUAUAAUAUUGCAGUGGAUCGCUCAUCUCAGUCCUUAAAGCUUUUUGAAAACCAAUAGCAUCACAGCUUGUUUUGGACUUUGUUACACUGUUAUUUUCAGCAUGAAAUUUGUGGUUUUGUAGGGUCUUCUAAUUCUUCGAAGAGGCACAGAGCCAAAUGGUAGAGGAAGGAUACAAAGUAUAAAUCUGUGUGUUAUUACUUUAACAUGCCCACGUUUUACUUUAAAAUAUUAAAAGAAGGGUUUCUGCAAAAUGAAACAGUUUGUGAAUUGAUUUUGAGGAGUGAAUUUUCUUUUCUUGGACACUUAAUUCUAUUCUGAUAUUAAUUUAUGAGAUUUCUUUUGUGCAUCAGAUAACACCACCAUUCACAAGUUAAGAUUCUUGGUAUUUGGAUGUCUAUUAGAGACUACUAAGAAAAUAGAGAUGAGCUUUCUUUUUAAAGCUUUUGAUGUGGUAUCAUAGAAUAGCAUGUUGUAGAUACAAUCAGCUGCUUUGUUACCUUAAAACUAGGCAUUGUAAAUACUGAAACUUAAGAAGAUGGCAGGUAAUGUCCUAUCAACACUCAGUUGUUCAGAUUGGACAUAACUGACAUAGUUCCCCCCACCCUUUCUCUCCCUCUCCCCAUCUCCCUCUCCCUCUCUCUCUAAAACCAAUAGGAGACUUGUAGUUCAGUAUUGUUUUUUCUGUUUCUAGUUUGCUGCUGAUAAUGUAUAUGAAUCUAACAUGCUGUGUAAGCUGUGUGCUGGAUUCUGCACAGCUUAUGCAGUGCUGCUUUGCCAAAUAAAGUUAAAAGCAAAAGAGGCA